UUUUAAAAAAAAAUUUAAUUAAAAAAUAUACAUUUUUGGAAGAAAAAGACAGUUUAGUUAGAUUUGCGAAUACUUAUAUAAGUCUAUUAUGUGCUUAAUUAUAAAGCCCUGUUUAAAUCAAGUGAAUCUGGUGAAGCGGGAAUUUCAAAUAACAACAGCAAGUCAAAUCUUGAGGCAAAUAAUGAGCGAACAGGAGAUUACAUCUGGUCGUCCUAUAAUUGCAUGGCGCAAAACAAAUGAUCCUGGAGACUGACAUCCGACCAACGAGUAACAAAUAGAAAACUCUCAAAUCUUAAGUGUUUUAGUGAUUAAUGUGUCUGAACUAUUCAAAAACAAUUAUUUGUAUUUAUUUUCGUGACUAAAAACGUAGCACCUGAGAGUUGAAAGGAGCGAGCGCACACAGCUACGGGCAGAGAGAUUCAGACUCGACUUUUAAGUUGUUGAUUUUAUAUUAAUUUAUUGUUGAAUUUUUUUGGGCUUCUGGAUUUAUUAAUAAUUGUGAAUCAAGAUGAAUGUUUCACCAUCCAGACGUGGUUUUUGGAAAUUCUCAUUGCAGACAAAAUCAUCACAGCAGAAAAAAAAUGAGCAUCGUAUUAAUCGUGAGACAAGGGCUGAAAAUGAACAAUAUAUUGAGUUACUUAAAGGGGCUCAAAAUGGCGGUGUUAAUAUGCAACAGGAUAAGAAUAAUUUCAUUAACAUGGGUGAAGAGGACCAAAUGGAAAUUAUUGGAUACGCAUAUGAUGUAUUUAAAUUUAGUGUUACAUGGUUUUGGAUAAUAUCCACAUGUGGUAUAUUACGCUUAAUUUAUCAUUGGUAUCCACAUCUAUAUUUAAAAAGUACUUAUCGAAAAGUUCCACUAUCUAUGGCACAAAAAAUUUUAGUUAUUGAAACGUAUCAAGAUAAACAUACAAGUUAUCAUGUAAAAGAUUUGAAAACAUUAACACCGAAUCAAGUAAUGCGUAUGGAAAAGGCUAGUGAAACGGAUGGCGUUGAAGAUAUUUCACAAUUUUCAUCAUCUGAUAUUCCAUUAAGUUUAUCAGUCCACUUUGGAGGCGGUGUCUUUAAAAAAGUGGAUAAAUUAUCAUUUUUCACAUGCAAGAAAGUGAUAUACAUAUGGAAUCAAGAUGAAAAUAAAUUUGUGAAAUUACGUGGCUUAGAUGCAUCCGUCACCAGCAACAUAUUCCAUGAAGCUGUGGGUUUAACUAGUCAUGAACAAUUUACACGUAAACUUGUGUAUGGACCAAAUCAUAUAAAUGUACCAGAGAAAGGUGUUAUCACGUUGUUAUUUUUGGAAGUAUUGAAUCCGUUUUAUAUAUUUCAAAUUGCUAGUUUUAUUUUAUGGUUCUGUGAUGAAUAUUAUCAGUAUGCAACGGCUAUUCUGUUGAUGAGUAUUUUUGGUAUUGUUAUGUCAAUUAUUCAAACUAUGAAAAAUCAACGUAAUUUAAAAAGUACUGUUCACAGUUCUGACAUAGCAACAGUUUUACGUCCACGAAUUGACGAGCAUGGUAUGAUGGUACCCGAACAUGAAACAAUCUCAACCGAACAUUUAGUACCAGGCGAUAUACUCGAGAUUCCACCUCAUGGCUGUACAAUGCAAUGUGACGCCGUACUUCUUACCGGCAACUGUAUAUUAAACGAAGCAAUGCUUACCGGUGAAAGUGUACCCGUCACCAAAACUCCAAUCGCCAAUUCCGUGAAUAUAGUCUACGAUUCCAAGGAACAUGCGCGUCAUACACUAUUCUCUGGCACCAAAGUGUUACAAACACGUUAUAUUGGGGAUGAGAAAGUAUUAGCAAUUGUUAUUCGUACUGGAUUCUCAACAUCGAAAGGUGGUUUAGUGCGAAGUAUUUUAUACCCACCACCCGUUGAUUUCCGAUUUGAAAAGGAUAGUUAUCGGUUUAUUGUAUUGUUAGCGAUUAUUGCAAGUGUUGGAUUUAUUUAUACAGUGAUUACAAAAGUUUUGAAAGGAGUUGGAUUAGUUGGAUUAAUCGUUGAGGCUUUGGAUUUGAUCACCAUUGUGGUUCCGCCAGCGUUACCUGCUGCUAUGACUGUAGGUCGUAUGUACGCUCAACGAUGUUUGAAGCGUAACAAUAUUUUCUGUAUUUCGCCGCGUACUAUAAAUGUUUCUGGUUCAAUAGACUGCGUAUGUUUCGAUAAAACGGGAACCCUUACCGAAGAUGGUUUAGAUAUGCUCUGCAUAGUUCCAAUCGUUAAUAGAUUUUUUCAAGUUCCUAUCAAAGAUAUUGCAAAUAUGGCAUAUGACGUCUUCAUGUAUGGAAUGGUUACCUGCCACUCGAUAACUGUUAUCGAUGGAGAAAUGCGUGGCGAUCCUUUGGAUUUAAAGAUGUUCGAAAGCACUAAAUGGACUUUGGAAGAACCCGAUAUAUCCGAUAAUACAAAGUUUGAUACGAUAUUUCCAACAAUUGUACGCCCCCCACCAAAUCGACAACGUAAGCAUAGCGCGCCAGAAGAUGGAAAUGCGUUUAAUCGUGUCUUAAGAACUAGUGGAGGAGAUAACAAUUUUGAAAUUCAACAAAACUUGGAAAUCGGUAUUCUAAGAGAAUUUCCAUUUAGUAGUACUCUUCAACGGAUGUCCGUAAUUGUACGAAAAUUAGGAGCGCCCUAUUUCGAGUACUUUUGCAAAGGAUCGCCAGAGAUGAUACUAACAUUGGUGAGUGCAAGCUCGGUGCCGGAUGAUUUUCAUGAAACUCUGGAAAUGUAUACACAACAAGGGUAUCGUGUAAUUGCAUUGGCGCAUAAAGUUUUACAUAAGAUGUCGUAUACAAAAAUUCAGCGUGCUAGUCGUGAAAUGUUAGAAUGUGAUUUGAAUUUGGUUGGUUUAAUUAUUUUGGAGAAUCGUUUGAAACCACAAACGACACCGGUUAUUAAAAUGCUGAAUUCAGCACAAAUACGGACAAUUAUGGUUACAGGUGAUAAUUUAUUAACAGCGUUAAGUGUUGCCAAAGAAUGUAAAAUAAUAACAGAUAAUCAACGAGUAAUUACAAUUGAUGCUUUUGGUCCUGAUGAUAAUUCAUCCACACCAGAAAUAUUCUUUUUGCAAAGUAAUAGUCCAAAAAAUUAUUAUACAGAACCACAUCGUGCACAAAAUGGUGGAAUUUGUUUACCAAAUAGUGUAAGUGCUGUGGAUUACAGUAUUUUAAGCUCCGAUGCUGAUAAUUCAAGUGUUGCAAGCCUAGCUACGAUUGAAUCCUGUACUGUGAAUACUGACGUCACUACAGAUUCAAUUCAUAUUGACAUCCCGCCAACACCACACGUCAAAAAUGAAAUACACAACACUGGCAACUAUCGUUUUGCAAUGACUGGAAAAUCAUGGUCAGUUGCACGUCGUUACUUUCCCGACUUAAUACCACGUAUUGCAACACGUGGUGUUGUAUUCGCUCGUAUGAGUCCCGACCAAAAACAAUCCUUAAUACAAGAACUUCAAGCACUUGGAUACUAUGUUGCAAUGGUUGGUGAUGGUGCAAACGAUGUUGGUGCUUUACGUUCCGCUCAUUGUGGUAUCUCGUUAUCGGACACCGAAUCAAGUGUUGCAUCACCGUUUACAUCGAAAACUCCGAACAUCACAGCAAUAACUAGUGUUAUUAGUCAUGGUCGAGCCGCAUUAGUGACAAGUUUUUCAAUUUUUAAGUACAUGGCUGCAUAUUCAUUGACCCAAUUUAUUUCGGUGAUGUUACUUUAUAGUAUUGAAUCAAAUCUAACCGAUUUGGAAUUUUUAUACAUAGAUCUGUUUGUAAUAACAGUAUUCGCCUACUUUUUUGGUAAAUCGGAAGCAUAUACAAAGAAAAUUGUUCCAGAACGUCCGCUAAACAGUUUAAUUGGUUUAACACCGGUAUUAAGUUUAAUUAUUCAAAUGAUUUUAGUUGGAACUUUCCAAUUAAUCGCAUUUAUCCAUUUAAAAAAACAACCAUGGUAUGUACCGUUUGAUCCAAAAGAUAAAGAAAUAUCAGUGGGUUGUGUGGAAAAUUUUACAAUUUUCACCGUCUCCAGUUUUCAAUAUAUCAUUUUGGCUGUUGUAUUCUCCAAAGGUAAACCACAUCGUAAACCGAUGUGGACAAAUCUCGGUUUCAUCCUUAGUGCAAUUGGUUUAACAAUAUUUUCUUUAUAUUUAGCACUUAUUCCAAGCGAAUUUUUUACGAAUCAAUUCGAGUUAGUUCUACCAAAUCGCAAUGAUACACUACAUCACCAUCCAGAAACCUUAACUGUCCUCCCAAAUCAUAAUAUUACACUAGAAAACUCAACUGUGCCUUUAUUUGAUUUCAUUUCGAAUACAACCUCCUUCAAUGAGGAAACGGAUGUUGAUAUUUGGGAUAUAAAUCCAUUUCAAUAUAUGCUUAUUGGAUACGCUUUACUCAACUUUAUAAUUGCAUCCUUUAUGGAGUAUUUCUUUUUGGAUUUUGUCGUAUUCAAGAAAUUACGUCAUAUGUUCCACGAUAUUAAUAAAUCGAAAAAGAAAUUCUUAAAAAUUGAAUCGGAAUUAAAACGUGAAUACGAUUGGCCGAUUUUAAGUGAUAAUUUUAAUUUAAUGUCACGGCAGAAAUCACGUCAAGAGGAUGCUUGUAAUGCGGGAUGUAAUUUAAUGGUUGAACAAACGAAUGCAUUCAGUGCGGAGAAUAAAAUUCUUGAUUGUUUCGUUGAAGAUAAUCCAAAUAAUCCAAGUAUUGUUGUAAGUGCGUCCUCUGGAAUACCUGGAUCGCCAGCACCUAUUAUGUCGGAUCUAGGUGACGGUGGGGAUUUGAUUAAUCAAAUUCAAACACCAAAUCGUUUUGUGAAAAAGAAUUCGGAAUUUGCGGAUACACGGAAUGGUACUAAAUCUAUGCUUGAACUAGAUACUUUUAAAAAUAGCUGAGUUUUAAAAGAAAUUUUUUGGUUAUUAAUACAAGCUUCAUAUAGUUAAUAUUUUCUUUCAAUUUUCUUUGUGCAUUUACGCGACUUUUUUUCUCUUGUGGCGCUAAAAAAAGGUUUGGCACUAACUAGUUUUUUUUCUAAUUCGAAUUUUUUUAUAUAUUGAAGAUUAUUUCGAAUCGAUUAUAUUUCUUAGGUACUUAGGUUGAUGCUACUUUUCUACGGAGCUAUUUCGAUUACUAAGGAAUUAUUUGUACGGAUUGUGAAGUAAAAAAAAUUACGUAAAUGACACUAAUCACCUGUUUCCAACUCAGGAAUGCGCAUACGUUUUAUCAUUCCCGUAAUUGAGCAUACGUUUUGCGGAUAAGCAAUCAAACGUUUAUGUAAGAUGAGGCAAGCUGUAUUCCCCGUCUCCCUACUUCAUGAAGGGGUAUAAGCUCAAUAUCAUACCCACUAUUGCGUUGAUCUAACAGACAGAAUUAAAACAAAAUAGGCCUCAUUUGAUAUAAAAGACUUCGACAGCGUUUUUACGAAUCAUCGAAACACUUUUUAGAAGCUUUUCGAUAUACAGCUCCUUCAAGUAGUUUUGUUUUAUGAACUCAAUCGGCUCAAAUUGUAAUCAAAUGGGGGUCAAUUUGGUGAAUGCCAAAUUAAUUGGUUGGUCGAUUGUAUUUGUUGUAUUUUGUACCUUAAAUUCGGUAACCGUUUGAACAUGGGAUUCAAAUUUACGAUUUAUGGGAUUUUAACGCUAAGAUGUCGGCGCUGCAAGUAAAAAGAAUAUAAACCAUACCGGCUAAGACAAAAGACAAAAGAUAUCUAUUUUAUUUUACAUUUUAAUGUGCUGCGCCAUAUUUG